AUGCUCUUCACUCCUCCAGGUCUCAUUCAGAUCUUUCACUUCUUGCAUACUUUGUUUCAUCAUGGGCAGAGUGGCUUUGCUUUGCUCACCAACAUCCUAACUGCCCUGGGAACGCUGGUUCGAAUCUACUUUCUGGUGAUGCUUUGCAUAAGUCCCGUGGACCAGAGGAUGUUCCUGCUGAAGAUCAUUACUAAACUUGUGGCCGCCACAUAUAUUCCAUUGGCACUUGUUGUGGCGGUCAUGAGCCAUUAUUUCAAGGAGAGAUUGUUGAUCGCACUGAAGAUUGUUUUUCUGUGUUUUCACUUGACCUUGUUCGUCACCUUCUUUUUCGCUUUGCUGGGCAUCCCGGGCACUUUGAAGCUGCCAGGUGGCCGCUGCAUGUUGCACUACAUCCUGGCAAGACAAGGUACUUUUGAGAGAUACACGGAGAUGCAACGGCAAGAUUCCAUCACCAGUAGCGAGGAGGAUUGA